GAGCCUCACCUGAUGUUGAGAGAGACCUGCCUCCCAGAAGGUCUGAGGUGUCCCCUGUGGCUCUCCAAGGGGGCGGCUGGGGUGCAGCGGCCUCCUCACCUGGGUGGGCUCGUUCCUACAGGCCUUCGGGGCUGUGGAAGCCAUCUCUGACAGAAUCUGCAUCCACACCAACGGGCACGUCAACGUGGAGGUGUCUGCAGAGGACAUGCUCACCUGCUGCGGUGGCCUGUGCGGGGACGGCUGUAAUGGCGGCUAUCCUGCCGAGGCCUGGAGCUUCUGGACGAGAAAAGGCCUGGUUUCUGGUGGCCUCUACGACUCCCACGUGGGCUGCAGACCAUACUCCAUCCCUCCCUGUGAGCACCAUGUCAACGGCUCACGGCCCCCGUGCACGGGGGAGGGAGACACCCCCAAGUGCAGCAAGACCUGCGAGCCCGGCUACAGCCCGACCUACAAGGAGGACAAGCACUACGGAUACAAUUCCUACAGCGUCUCCAAUAUGGAGAAGGAGAUCAUGGCUGAGAUCUACAAAAACGGCCCCGUGGAAGGAGCCUUCUCUGUGUAUUCAGACUUCCUGCUGUACAAGUCAGGAGUGUACCAGCACGUCACGGGGGACAUGAUGGGCGGCCACGCCAUCCGCAUCCUAGGCUGGGGGGUGGAGGACGGCACCCCCUACUGGCUGGUGGCCAAUUCCUGGAACACCGACUGGGGUGACAACGGCUUCUUUAAGAUCCUCAGAGGACAGGAUCACUGUGGAAUCGAAUCGGAAGUGGUGGCUGGAAUUCCACGCACGGAGCAGUACUGGAAGAAGAUCUGAUCUGCCGUGGCCUGUCUGGCCAGUCCUGGGGGCGCAUUUUUUCCCCGAACACAGUCAGGGAUGGGGAUGAGAUGGGGUAGAAAUGUCUUUUAUUUUCUGAGUUCACGUGAGAUACGAGAGGUUUUAGACAGGGCCUGAAGGACUGGAUUGGGCCACACCUCGCCUCUGCCGUCAGAGCUGUCUUCCGAGGAGACGCACCCAAGUCCCAGCUACCUCCCAGCCUGUUCAGUGGCCUGAAGGCCACGAUGCAGUUAGACCACAUAAGCCACUGCUGAUGGCACAGUGGCCCGCCCCCGUAGACUAGCGUUGUGUGUAGGUAGUGCCUGCUGCCCGGCGGGCUGCAGCCCCCCCAGCCCCUGCCCGCGCAUCUCCAGGGAGCAAGACAGAGACCCGGAACGGACGGUGGCAUUCCCAAGACGGCAAAGGCCCGCCGUCAGCACCUCUAAGCAAGCAGCUUUCGACGACCGCGUUACAGGUUCAGAGCCGAGAUGGCGAGGCGGCCUUUGGAGAAGGCCGCCUGCUCCCAGGGCCCCUGCAUCUGUCCAGCUCUGUGAUGUCGCAAAUCCUCUCUGGUCUUAUCCUUGGCAUGAUUCUUUUUAUUCUCUGUGCACCUCGGCUGAUCACGUGGAGGAACGAGUCUAAUAGUUGGAAGAGCUGCACUAGCUUUACUGAUCGCCUCCUCGUGGCAUGGCUGGCCCGGAACAAAACAGCGGUCACGACUUGCUUCUGUCCCACCCGCCUCCUCCCACAGGGAAACUAGGUUGGGAGGAACCGGCUUGUACUGUUUUUAAAAAACCACUGCUUCACCCUGCCAGGCUCACACGGAAUGUGCCAAUAAAAGAUUUCUCCUUCGGCCUGAA